GAGCGCUCACACCGCUUUCGAAAAACUGAACCGUUCACAACAAGGAAGUCACAACAACCGCAUCCGAGCGGACAUGGCCGCUCUACAGUAUCUAAAAGCUUUCGUUUCUGAGCGGCUGACAGCGGCAUCUGUGGAGAUUUUCGGGGCGGUGGAGAAAACGUUGACAGAGUACGAGGGCGAAAUAAUCCGAUCCAAGCAGGAGAUAGAUCACCUGAGAACACUGGUGCUCUGGCCUGAAGUCAAAUUACACAGAUCAGUCUCGCCCCCUCAUGCACUCUCAUGUCCCUCAGCUGCUCAUCAGGUCAGUCCUCACCGCUGUGAUGAGGAGACUUCUCCUGAGUGCUGCCAUCAGGAGGAGUGGGCCCCAGAUGUGAGCCCGGACCACCCAGGCGACCUGCAGAAUAAAGAGGAGCAUGACCAGAGAGCUGGUCAGCGUGGACCGUACUGCAGGCAGCAGGGUCACACCACCGUGUCUCCCCAGUUUGUGAAAAGAGAAGGUCACGAGGAGCCACCCUCACACCUUUACAGAAUAUUAACUGUUGAAGAGGCAGCAAGUAUCAAAGCUGAGCCUGAUGGAGACAAGUUAAUAACAUCUCCAUCAACCAGGGAGGAUGAGAACCCCUGUGGGGUAAAUCCAGAGUCUUCUGGACUUCAUCUAGAAACCCGUAAAGAUUCACUUGAGUUCACUCAUCAUGAGCGAGAUGGGCUUGAUGAGCAGCCGUACGCUGAACAAGACUGGAGCCCCCGUCAAGACGACAAGGACCCUGAUCCCCCUCAAAUCAAAGUGGAAAAGUUUACAUCAUCUAGUCCUCUGGAAGACACUGACCCUGACGACAAACUCCCUCUUCAGUCAGAGAGCAGUGUGUAUGAUGAGCCUCAUUCUACAAGCCCCUGCCACAACCAGACUCUGAUCAACAAAACAUUUUACACAGCAGAGGACAGGAGAAGAGGUGCCGAAGGAGAGGGCUGCAAACUGUCCGGGCUGCCCUUCUGCUCUCUAAAUCAAAGUGAAUAUGGUAUAGAGAAUGCAGAGGGUGUAGUAAAUGCAGAAUGGAUUAAGGCGCUCACACAAACGGGAACAAGGCAAAAGAAAAGGCACUUGCGCAGUAAGAAAAGAGACGGUAUUGGAGUGGAAGAAGACGUAAAUUAUCUCGCCAGGGAGAGAAGACACACUUGUCCCAUCUGUGGCAAACGUUUUAAAGAGUCGGGCCAUUUAAAGGAUCAUGUGAGAAUCCACACAGGAGAGAAGCCGUAUCGGUGUAAGGAAUGUGGCAUGAACUUCAGACAGAGUGGAGCUUUGACUUUGCACAUGAGAAUCCACACGGGGGAACGGCCAUACCAGUGCAGCGAGUGUGGCCGGCGCUUCAAUCGAAAAGGCGACAUGGAGAGUCACAGGGUGACGCACACGGGGGAAAGACCCCAUCUGUGUGUGGAGUGUGGGAAAAGCUUUAAAAGGAAAGGCAACUUAAACACACAUCUAAAGAUCCACACAGAGGACAGAAUGGAUUACACUCAACCAUUGUGAUUGUUUGAAUACUCUCAUCCAGAUAGUGAAAUACUAGACAGUAUGUUGACUGGAGUGAAGUACACAGGAUCAUGGAAGCUGGCUCUCCUCAUUAGAGUGUGUUCUGGAUGUGCUGACUUUUCUUUUCUUUCUUUUUUUAAAUUGAGAUGACAUACUGUGAUAUGAGGCUCGCAACAAUAUCGGCGAAGCCUUUCAGAGAUGUAGAGAAAAGGUUGCUGUUGUUUAGCCUGCUGCUAACCGCUAAGUUUCCUUUCAUGGGCUAAAUUCUUUAAAGCCUAAAAAAAACAGAGCCGCGAGGAGGUGCAGGGGUCAGAACACCUGAAUUAAAAUAUGCUGAGAAGUUAAAAAACUACAUACCCUAGCUUUAAUAUUUGAACAGAUAAGAGAUAGCUUAAAGCUGCACUUCAAUAUUUUUAUAUUAACAGUGAAGAAAGUCACAUGACAUAUGAAAGUGUUGCUUGCUAUUGACGAGACACUGAGACCCGCCUGGCUCUGGAGAUCCAUUCAUGUCCUCGGAUCAUUCAAAUGGGACUUAUUGUGCUUUUUUUCCUCAACUUGUAGUGUUAUGGAGUCAGACACAUGUUAAAUCACUGUCUAUAUUCCAACUUGAGGGGAACGCUGAGAGAAGUGCACCCAGGGAGGCAAAAAGCCAGUUCCCCUUGUUUGGAAUUAGUUCUUCAGAACAUAAAGUUGCCUCCUCUCCAGGUUCAACUCUCAGUUAUUAAGUUUGUGCCAUUUAGCAAUGUUACAAAGUGUCAAUGUUUUAGUUGCCUACUAAGUGGCACAUCCCUAUUUAUCUUUUUGAAACGAUUGAGUUGGCUGUGAUGUGUGUAAUUUGCUGAUCCAACUGAAAUGAGAAAUUACCGUGACUCUAAAACUGCAUAACAAGUCAAGUUAAAUGUUUUUAUAGAACACAUUUAUAAACACCAAAGUUAUUUACAGAGACAUUUAUAAUGCCAUUAAAUAAAUAGGUGACUAACAGACAAGAUUGUACUUAAAUAAUUGCAUCAUUAACAGAUCAGACAUCAAAACUCAUUUUGACAAGAAAUAAUAUAUUUUAAUGCAAUUUAUACAAACAUAAUUUCAAUAUAUCUUCAAAACAUGCACGUUUUGUCUUCCUCCUCUUCUUUAACCAGCUAAAACAUUGUCUUAAUAUUAUCUAUGACUAUGUAAAGUGUAUGUGUGUAAGUGACAGGGAGAUAACCAGCUCAUCAUGACAAAUUCCAAUUUCUAAAACACGAUGUUCUCAAGAUUUGCAGCACUACUGACGACAAACCAAACACGAUGCAAGAAGAAUGCCGGAGAGGACUUUUGUGUUUCAGCCUCAUCUUUCUCUGGUGCUUCAGCAAUUCAAAGGUGUUCUGUGAUACUAGCUAAACCAAAAAGAAGUAUAUCAUAGCUGUAUAUUUGAGUUGCACAGCUGUUCAUGAGUUUAGGAUUGUGAGUGAGAAGAUGGUAAUAACACCUUAAACAGGCGUAAUGAUGCCGUUCCAUAAGUUGGUAUAGCUUAUAAUAAAAGAAAAUACCUGGUGCUACACACACUCAUACUGCUUGAUUUGCUCAUUGAAGUGCACUUAGUAAACAUAGAUUCAGGUUGAUUCAACACCCUACUGACGUACAUAACCCACCUCCAUAUUGUUAUUUUAUUUAUUUUUUUACCUCCCAUAGUUAAAUACACACAACAGGUGCACAAGUGUUUGAACAUUAGACAAUCACAGUAGGUAAAAGUGAGUUGAAUCGUUCACUUUCUAAUGAGUCACCUUUUAUAAAGGUUUGUCAUUUACUAAUGCUUUGUAGAUCAGUUAUAAUACAAUAAUUUGAACAACUUUUGGGUUGCCUCGGACAUUUCUCUGUCCUCCUGCAGCACGUGCUUUGUCUUUUUAGCUCUUCAGUUCAUCGGGAUUAGACUCCACCAAUGGACUGUUUCUGACCUACUGGGAAAGUAUUCCAUCAACAGGAUCAAAAUUAAUCUCUGAACAACAUAUUAAAGAGU